UUUACCAUUUGGAAUAUUUCUUGAAUACAAGUAACGACGAUGUGCGAUGUGAUUAUGUGUUGCAACAAUAAAAUAAAAAUGUUCUCUCUGAAUCAAAUUGCACAUGGCGGCCAUAAAACACCAUGGAAGAAGCUCUCCGUAGAAAAUAGACCAAAAACAGAUAUUCCGCCAUCGAAGCAUCGCAGAAAAGCAAAGGAGGAAAUCCCCAUCAAACGCAUCUCAUUGCGGGGGCUUCUACUGGGAGCUACCUCGGAGCGCCGCCGCCGCCGUCACCGUUGUUGGCAUUCCGCUCCGCGCCACAAUCCCGCGCCAGCAGUCAACAGUAGCAGCAUUUUACGUAGCAUCGCCUCGCCACCUAGUGCCCGUGAAGCACCCUAUUCCAUAGAAUGACCACCACCCGGGAGGACGUCCUUCUGCAGAUGGGCGAGGUUCGCUACAAGAAGGGCGACGGAACGCUGUACGUCAUGAACGAACGCAUCGCCUGGAUAGCCGAACACCGGGACACGGUCGCCGUGUCCCACCGGUUUCAGGACAUCAAGAUGCAAAAGAUCUCCCCGGAGGGUAAGCCGAAGAUUCAGCUGCAGGUGGUCCUGCACGACGGCAACAGCUCGACGUUCCACUUCGUGAACCGGAACGGCCCUUCCGCGCAGAUGGCCGAUCGGGAUAAGGUCAAAGAGCUGCUGCAGCAGUUGUUGCCCAAUUUCAAGCGCAAGAUCGACAAGGAGCUGGAGGAGAAGAACCGCCUUCUGACGGAGAAUCCGCAGCUGCUGCAGCUGUACAAGGAUCUCGUCAUCACCCAAGUGCUGCCCAGCGAGGAGUUCUGGGCAUCCCAUGCGAAAGGGUACAUGGCCAAGGACCAGAACGGCAAGCAGGACAUCGGAGUCUCGGGAGCGUUCCUGGCGGACAUCAAACCCCAGACGGAUGGCUGCAAUGGGCUGAGGUACAAUCUGACGUCAGACAUCAUCGAGUGCAUCUUCAAAACGUACCCGGCCGUCAAGCGGAAACACUCCGAGUACGUGCCGGCCAAGUUGACCGAGUCGGAGUUUUGGACCAAGUUCUUUCAAUCGCACUACUUCCACCGGGAUCGGAUCGCCGCCGGGACCAAAGAUAUUUUCACCGAGUGCGGCAAGAUCGACGAUCAGCAGCUGAAGCAGGCGGUCCAGGAGAAUCUCGGCGAUCCACUGUUGGACAUUCGGUCCUUUGAGGACAACACCCUGGAGGAGGGUUUCUGCAGCAGUGCCGCCUCCAGCAACAAGCAGACUGUGAAUAGUGGCAACAUUGUCCACCAGAGCAUGAUCAAACGGUUCAAUCAGCACUCGUUCAUGGUACUGAAAACCUGCACGGAUGUUAAGACGCUCAACCGGGGGAUCGGAGCGAUACUCAACGCCACUCCAGGAGUGAAUCCUCCGGUCAAUGGGGAGCUCAAUGGCCUCAAGGAGAAAUCCAAAGGAGCCUUGAACAACAACAACAAUCUGAUCAACGGAUUCAGCAAGAAGGAGAAACGAGCCCAUGAGAACAACCACAUUGCCAACGGGGACACCAACGGAAUCUACCACCAGGGUCCGGAGGAACCCUUCGUGGAACCGACGAUCAAACGUGCCCGCAUCCUGGAGAAAAUCCACUACGACGACCUGGAGGACGAUACCGACGCGAACAAGCAACCCAAACAGCUGAGCCUUACCAAGAUCGAACGCUACCUGCACGGACCGGUUCCGUCGGCGGGAGCGAGCACCAGCAACGCUGGCUAUCACGAUACUCAAAUGGACCACCAGGGUCUGCACGAUCUGGAGUCGGUCAACGCGUACAUCCUGCAAUCGACCGGAUCGUGGAACCAGCGGACGCCACACAAGGUGCUGGUCAGUGCCAAAGCGGCUGUGAAUGCCCUCGGGGAACUGAGCCCCGGUGGGGCACUGAUGAGGGGCUUCCAGGAACAGAGCUUAGCUCAACUAGUGCCGCCGGACAUCGAGAAGGAGAUCCGCAAUCUCUACCUGUCGCUGCUGGAGCUGCUGAAGCACUUCUGGAAGUGCUUCCCGCCGACGACGCCGCAGCUGGAAGCGCAAGCCGUCCGGAUGCACGAGACGUUGCAGCGAUUUUCGAUGGCCAAACUGAAGCCGUUUGAGGAACGUGCCAUGAGGGAACUGUUGCCAUUGGGCGCGUCACUGACGCAGCAUUUAAACCAGCUCCUGCAGUCGGCGAACCGGAAGUUUGCCACCUGGCAGGAUCGGCAGCGCCGUUCGCACAGGUAGCACUCGUCGGCGGUCGCCUCCUGUCCGUCGUCUCCGGUAUCAUCGACGACGUCGUCUUCAGCUUCCUCAUCGCCGGCCCACCACCAUUACUACUACCACAACAGCCGCCACAAUGCCCAUCUGUUUCUCUACGGUGGUUCGGCCAAGCGCCAUCUUCAUUAGAAGUCAUCCACGAUGGCCUACUACGCACGCGGCGCAUUAUGUGUCAUUAUGAUUCCAUCGCUGCUGGCUGGAAAAGAGCGAAGCCCCCCGCCGGGUAUGAUGGACCUUUACUGUUUUGGGCUUGGGAAUUUUCCAGCUUAGCUUUCUUGAACUUCCUGUUUUAAACAGUUGGAAACAAACAAUUUUGAGGGUGAUUGAAUAGAACAUUCUUUUGAAGGGAAAAUUUGUACUGAAAGUUAGUGAUCAAAUCAUUACACAAAAUUUAAAAGAUAGAGGAAAGGUUAAGCAGUAGGAAGGGAACGGUUUAACUCUAGAUUAGGAGGAAGAAACAAGCAGUUAGGAAGUGAUAUUUCAAAAGAAAAGAAAACAAUUGCUAUGAAAACAGAAGAAACAAAUGUGAUCAUUUCUGGAAGAAUUGAACUCUUGCAAACUGGUGUGUUUUGUUUUUCUCCUUAAUAAAUUUCUAUUUCGUUUUUA